GUGUCCGCGGGUCUGUCCGUCUCCUCCCCACGGGCGGGUUGGCGUGAAGGGGGUGCUAGGGCCUGGUCUGGGUGCGGGGGUGGUCGGUUUCUCCGGGCUUCCUCGUGAGCCGAGUGGGGGCAGCGCUGUCCCGGGCAUCCCCACGGGGCUCAGCCGGGGGGCGUGGGAUCCCCGCACGCAGGUGCCGUCCGGCGGGGAGGGGGCGCGGGGCCCGCCUGUGGGCACAAGGGUCCGCGCCCGGCGGGGUCCCCAAACCGCCCGUGGGUACGUCACGCGCCUCCCUGCGCGGCGCUGCGGGUCUGGCGGUCGGCGGCGGGGCCCGCCCCGGUUCGGGUCACGGGGCCCUUUGCACCGCGUAACCAGCGGCACAAACCCGCCCGGUUCGCCGCCGCUCUGGUGCGGGUAACGUGUUUUUCGUGCAGGCUGGACGGUCCCCGGGUGAGGCACGCGCUGCUGGGCCGGCCGGGGUCCCAAAGCGGGACCCUGUGCCUGGAUGGCUCGGGGCCGCACCCGCUUCCCGCCGCGGGCGGGCCAGGGUGCCUUUGGCUGCGCGGACGGGGCGUUCCCUGGGCGCCCGGGCAUCGCCCGAACCCCCGGACUGGACGUGGGGUGGCCUGGCGGGGUGCCCGGGGGUUCCCCCGUCACCGCCCUAAUCACGGCCGAGAGGUGCAGCUGGUUCCCAGCAGGGCUGGGGGGUAUCGUGCCCCCUGGGCUGCUGGGGGCAACGGGGCUGGGACUGGAAGCGCUGCAGAGGUUCUUCAGCUCCCGCAGACAGGAACAGCCUUUCUGCAGGAGCUUCUGCUGAGGUGGAGGAAAAUGGAGGGUUUUGUGGUCCCCCUUCCAUCUGCGAGCCCUCCCCGUCCGUGUGCCUGAACCUUCCGUCUGAGCCGCUGGGUUUUUGGAGGAGCCCACGAGUGACCGUGGGCAGAGGCGGCGCUGGCUGCUGGCCGUGAUGUUUCCCGACCGCGGGAGAUGCCGUCGCUGUGCUCCGGCAGCUCCGCGGGGUUCUGCCGUGUGCCGGUACGACGGCCGCUCGCUCGCAGGGCUGCCGGCGUCGGGGCAGCCACGGCUCGGGGGAGCCAGGUGACGCUGGGGCCGCUCCCGCCUCCGCUGUUCCCAUUCUACACCGCAGUGCGAUGAGGUGGUGGAGCUUUACCGGAGACGUGGGCAGUGUUUGUGGUGAAGUGAAACACGCGGAAGGACGGCCCAGCCUUGGACACAAGGACUUUGCUUCGUGGAAGUCCCUGAAGGAUGAGGGACACCCCCGGGCGCCCAAGGUUUUGGGACCGACGCACAGGCGUGGCUGUGCUGACGCCUGGGGAAGGCUCAUCGGGGCGCCCGGAUGAGGAGCACGGCCCCGAAGCGGCGAGCACCAGGGGACACUGGCCACGGAGGACGUGCCGGGUGAGGUCCAGCUCCUGGCUGCUCCAGGUCAGUUGUGGCUCUGGCUUCUGGUCCAGCUUAUGGACAGCUCCAGCUCAUGGAUGGCUUGGGCUUGUCUCAGCUCCUGUUCGUUGUGGCUCCAGCUCACCUGCAGCUUCAGGUCCAGCUCCAGGCAGCUCUAGUUCGGGCUUGGCUGCAGCUCCUGUUCAUCUCCAAGUGCAGUUGAAUCUCCAGCUCGCUUUGCUGCUUCGGGCUCCAGCUUGUUCCCACCUCCAGCUUGGGGGCUGCUCUAGGCAGCAGGGAUGGGUGGACGGACAGACGGACGCCGAGACCCGUGUGGGGUGCGGAGCCCCAAGAAGAAGCCGAGCUGCCUGCGCUGCCGCCCGCCCUGCGCGCGACCCCGCUCCUGGCUGGGGACAGCCCCGCCUGCGCCCGCCCGGAGAUGCUGCCCGGACCGCGCGGCUCCAGGUCCAGCUCGUGGCUGCUCCAGGUCACUUUUGGCUCUGGUUUCAGGUCCAGCUUCACGGACAGCGACAGCUGCAGCUCAUGGAUGGCUCGGACCUGUUUCAGCCCCUGUUCACUGUCACUCCAGCUCCAGGCCCAGGUGCAGCUAUGGACAGCUCAGACUCAUUUCAGCUCCUCUUCAUGUGGCUCCAGCUUAUUCUCACUUCAUUGGAAAGAAGAAGAACAAGCCCCAGUGUGUUUCAGACUCCAGUUUGGACUCAUCUCCUGUGCUUCCAGUUCCUGUUGUGCUUCAUCUCCAGUUGGUUUCUGGUUCCAGUUCCAUUUUGGCUCCAGCUUGUGCUUGCUCAACUGCUCCUGGCUUUUUGCCAAGGUCAUCAAUCAAUCACUGUCAGAAGUUCUCUAUGA